GACAAGAUCACAUGGGAGGAACUGACACGGCUGUGGAAGAAGCGGUUCAUCGUCGACGACGCGCCGACACUCGCCAUCAACCGUCUGUUCACCAUGUCAGAGGGCAACACUGCAACACGGGACUGGCUCACGGAGUGGCAGAAGAUUGCGGCUGUGCCCAAUCUGGACUUGCCAUUCAUACAUCUCAGACGUGAGUUCUACAACAGAUCCUGCGCUGCAUUGAGCCAGGCUCUUGGUGAUCGCGAGCAGUAUUCCACUUUCGCCGAGAUUAUCGACAAGGCGAGAGAGAUCAUCAAGACCAACAGGUCAGCUGCACACGAGAAAUCAACAUGGCAGCCGACAUAUGUGGAGAAGGUACGAACUGGUCCGCGACAGCAGCACUUCGCUGCAGUCCAGUCGGACAGUGGAGAUAACCCAGCAGCCACUCCAGCAUCAAGUGAUGGAGAUCAGGUGGCUGCUGUCCAGCCGCGAAGCAAAGACAAGUCCCGCAACAAUGGGAAGGCGAAAUCCGCAUCGCAGGCCGGAAAUGGACAGCCAAUACAAGUUCCAUGGGUCAAGUUCGGCUUGACCGAGGCGGAAUACAAGCUCGGGAAACUGAGCUCCGCGGAAGGUGAGGCGACUCCACCUUAUACUCCCUCAGAUUCGGCCGCCUGCCUAGCGGCCUCCUGCACAUCUGGGGAGAACGCGAAUGUCGCAAGUUCUCGUUACACUUACGAGGACUAUGCUGUCCACUUGGUUCCACCACUGGACCAAUCGCUCCACGUGCAACAAUCCAUCGCAUGCACGGUUUCAUCACCAUCGGCAACCAAUUCGGCAACUUCGCUGCAAUCUAUCGCCGGGGAUUCGACGUCAUGGUCAAGACUUGAAGAGCUCCACCCAUUGACGUUCACAGACUUCCAGUGGAUGCCCGUUCCCUCGACCGGACGAUUGCCGAAACCGCAUUGCAACGUGCUCAUGGCACAAUUGCAGGAUUACUUGCACACUGCAGGACCAGCUCCGUUGAUGGACGCCGGAGCAGAGGUUGUCGACCUUCACGCCUACAUCGCAAAGAUCAACCGCGAGUUCAAGACGCAACGGUACGACGACAUCGACGCACCAUUGCUAUAUGUACGCAUUCAGAUCGGAGAGGCGACCUACAACGCCUUAAUUGAUUGCGGAGCAUCUCACAACUACAACAGCCAGGACUUCAUGGUGAGCGCCGGCCUUGGCCCACGCGUCCGGAGGAAGUCCCAGCCUACGCAAGUCACGUUGGCAGACGGUCACACGCACAAGUCAAUCGACCGGUGCAUUGACAACGUCCCAGUGUACUUUGCCCCUCACUCAAGUGAGGCGGUGUCCUUUGACAUUCUGGACACCAAAUUUGACAUGAUCUUGGGCAUGUCAUGGCUGCGAAGCGAGGAUCACCCAGUGAACUUCUUCCACCGCACCGUUCACAUUCGUGAUCAGAACGGAGUACUAGUUCCAUGCACGGUGUCUCUUCCUCAUCCUUCGAUCAGCUGCCACGUGGUAUCCGCCGCAAGCAUGCGAGCUUCCCUCAUCAGAGACGACAUCGAGGAGAUGGGGGUGUGUUUUCUCCACGCCCUCCCGCCCCAUGACGCUUCAUCGACGGACUCACCUUCGGAUCCACGCAUCACCGAGCUUCUCGACGCCUACAGCGACGUGUUCGAAGGCCUGCACGGAGUAGUACCGGAUCGACCCAUCCGCCACGAGAUCAUCCUCGAGGACGGGACCGUACCUCCGCGCGGUUGCAUCUACCGAAUGAGCGAGGAAGAGUUAAGUGUGCUUCGCGCACAACUCGACGACCUUCUAGAAAAAUGCUGGAUUCGGCCUAGCUCAUCGCCAUACGGUGCUCCUGUUCUCUUCGUCCGGAAGAAGAACAAGGACCUGCGGUUGUGCAUCGAUUAUCGCAAGCUCGACGCCCGGAGUUUGGAGGAGCAUGUGGAACACUUGCGCACCGUUUUGGAGCGGCUACGACAAGCCAAGUACAAAGCCAAUCGCGACAAGUGCGAAUUCGCGCGGCAGGAGUUGGAGUACUUGGGACACUAUGUGACGCCGCAAGGCAUCUGUCCGCUUGCGGACAAGAUCGAGGCCCUACGAGUAUGGCCCGAGCCCACCAACACCACGGACGUUCGUUCAUUCAUGGGGUUGGCGGGCUACUAUCAGCGAUUCAUCACCGGAUACUCCAGGAUUGUCGCACCUAUGACGAGGUUACAGUCGCCAAAGGUGCCAUUCGUAUUUGAUGACGACGCACGCCGGUCAUUCCAAGCACUUAAGACGGCUAUGCUCAUGGCACCCGUCCUUAGCAUCUAUGACCCCACCCUGCCGACGAGAGUGACUACGGACGCUUCUGGCUAUGGCAUUAGGGCAGUCUUGGAACAACACGACGGCGACGACUGGCACCCUGUGGAGUAUUUCAGCCACAAAGCGCCUCCCAUCAACUCGUUUGAUGAUGCAAGGAAGAAGGAGCUGCUCGCAUUCGUCAUGACUCUUAAGCGAUGGCGGCACUUCCUCCUUGGGUGUCGUAGGUUCACAUGGGUUACGGACAACAAUCCAUUGACCUACUACAAGACGCAGGAUACGGUGAGCAGCACGAUCGGACGAUGGAUGUACUUCAUCAACCAGUUUGACUUCACACCGAAACAUAUACCCGGCCUCUCAAAUCGCGCAGCAGAUGCACUCUCGCGAAGACCAGAUCUUUGCGCUAUGACACAUCAUGCCUUCGCAUUCGACGAGGAGCUUCAGCGACACUUCAUCCGGGCAUACAAGUCUGAUCCGGACUUCGCCACGCUGUACGCACAGCUAUCUUCGGAUCACCCGCCGGCCAGCCACUAUCGCAUUGCCGACGGAUACAUGCUCCUCCACUCGAGAGGCAAGGACUUAUUGUGUGUCCCACGCGACCGUCGUCUUCGGACUCGCCUCCUCGACGAGUAUCAUGAUUCACGACUCGCCGGCCAUUUCGGAGUCAACCGCACUACUGCACGGCUUCGACAGUGAUUCUGAUGGCCCGACCUCAUUACCGAUGACACUCGGUAUUGCGACUCGUGCGAAGUUUGCCGACGCAACAAACCCCGCAACCGCAA